CUAUUUAUCCAAGGAAUAUCCUACGUUAGCAUUUCAUGCUAGCGUCACAAAUUCUUUUGGCAAAGGCUCUUUGAUACAGUUGUUACGACAAUUUGCCAGCCUCCAUUCUGAUAAAAAACAAAUUAGUGUCG